CAAAACAAACCGGGUCGUGUUAUCUUCCAUGUCCUGCGUGAAAGCCAGACAAAAGUAUCUUGGUUCAAGUUUUGCUAUUUUGUGUGGCUUAUCCUUCUCGUCUGUCUUUAAAAAUCCUGCAAAAACCCUUCGCCCAAACAUAAAUAUUGUUUCGUAUAAUCUUACAAUACAGUUCUGGUUGUGUCGCGAAGAAAAAGAGAGAGUUUAGAGUCAGGUUCUCCUGGUCUGAAUGAGCUCCCAAUGCCUUCUCUAGAUAUUGCUACCAUCCAACCUUCUUUGCAAGCUCAUCUUGUACCAUUGGGGGCUCAGAGUAUUAUCAUCCAUGCCAAAACCCUACCUAACCCAUGGAGACAAUCCACUUUCUCCAAGAGUUUGAAAUUCUACACUGGCCAUCUUCAUGUGCCAAGAGGCAGAGUUCUUAUUACUGCAGUGGCCACUGUUGAAACCAAAUAUCCUGCUCAGAAAGAACACCAACGAAGCUCUUCCUUGUCUUCUUCUGAUGCUUCAAAUCCCUCUGAUGGUCUAAAUGGAGGUUCUGAUGAUGGAGAAGAGGUGGAUGACAGAGAAAGGCUAAGGAGGAUGAGGAUCUCCAAGGCUAAUAGAGGGAACACUCCUUGGAACAAAGGCAGGAAGCAUAGUCCAGAGACCCUACAGAAGAUUAGAGAAAGGACAAAGAUUGCAAUGCAAGACCCUAAGAUCAAGAUGAAGUUAUCAAAUCUCGGACACGCACAAAACGAGGAGACACGGUUGAAGAUUGGGGAGGGAGUGAGGAUGCGGUGGGCGAGGAGAAAGGAGAGGAGGAAAGUGCAGGAGACAUGUCAUUUCGAGUGGCAAAACUUGUUAGCAGAAGCUGCUAGAAAAGGAUAUACAGAUGAACAAGAGUUUCAGUGGGAUUCUUACAAGAUCUUGGAUCAGCAGAAUCAGCUGGAAUGGCUUGAAAGUAUAGAGCAGAGGAAAGCCGUUAGAGCAGCUAAAGGUAACAGAAGAGCUCCAAAAUCUCCUGAACAGAGAAGAAAAAUCGCUGAAGCAAUAGCUGCCAAAUGGGCUGAUCCAGCUUACCGUGAAAGGGUGUGCUCUGGCUUGGCAAAGUAUCACGGUAUACCUGAAGGUGCUGAGAGACGUCGUAGAAGACCAAGUGGGAAUGCAGAGCCUAGAAAGAAGAGUCCUCCAACUAAAACUACAAGAGUUUUAGAGACUGUACGCAAAGUUCAAGUAGUGAAAGUAAGGAAGCGAAGAACACCAGUUUAUAAAGAUCCUUUGGCUAGUUCAAAGCUGGAGAUGAUUAAAAGCAUCAGAGCAAAAAGAGUUGCUGAAGAGUCUAAGAAGAUGGAUGCUGUGCAACGAGCAAGGCUUUUGAUCUCAGAAGCUGAGAAAGCAGCGAAGGUUCUUGAGGUUGCUGCUAUGACAAGCCCUGUUGCUCAUGCAUCUUUGUUAGAGAGUAAAAAGCUUAUAGCAGAAGCAACACAGCUGAUUGAAUCUUUAGAAAUUAGCCAGGUGGCUGCUUCAGAUGAAGAUGGUACUUGCCAUCAAGAACAGCCAGGAGAGGUAAACGGAACACACACAUUACCAAUCAAUGGAGAGAGUCUUCACUUGAACUUGAGAUGUAGCGAUUUGCCACAGCCAAAUGGAACCAGAGUUGAUCCUCCAUCACCAGAGUCUAAUGGAGCUGUCAAAGUUAGUGAGAGUCCUCAUCUUCCAAAUGGUUCUAAUACUUGCCAUGGAGUGGAUGAAAAGGGUGAAUCUUUGGAAUCAGGGAAUGUAACUAAGAAGUGGGUUCGUGGGAGGCUAGUAGAAGUCACCGAAGCAGCCUGAACUUGUUUUUUUAUCAACUGGACAUGAGGUCAUGUUGUGGCGAUUUAGCAGAGAAAAAAAAAACAUAUUGUUCAAUUAGUGAUUCGAAAUUUUUGCUUCGUGUUUGGUCUCAUGCUUGAGAGAAGCAGUUUCCAGAUUGAGAUGUGGCAGUUGUAUCUAUAAUAACUCAAUUGUAUGUCAGAGAUUCAGGUUAGUAAACAGUUAUCCAUAGCUUUUCGAUUA